UAAAAUCUUAAAAAAAAAAAAAACUUCAUGCUAGCUCAAAAAUGUUCCUUAAUAUAUAUUAUUUUCCUUAUUAGGAAUUAAAUAUGGGUCAGCGAUGUUCAGAUACAAGAGGAAUUGUCUUUGAGGAUGUGAGAGUGCCUAAAGAAAAUGUUUUAAUUGGUGAGGGAGCUGGUUUCAAAAUUGCAAUGCAAGCUUUUGAUAAAACCAGACCUCCAGUAGCAGCUGGUGCUGUGGGACUAGCACAAAGAGCUUUGGAUGAAGCUACCAAGUAUGCCCUGGAGAGGAAAACUUUUGGAAAGCUGCUCGUAGAGGUAAUUUUAAUACUGACUUGCUGUGUUCCGAUUACACUCAGAUUAAAAUCCAGAGUCUUUACAGUGGACUUCUGUCAGCCACGCUGGCCUUUGUGGUUGUCUUUACCUUUACUCUUCUCCCCCAAAUAUCCACUUCCUCAUUCAUUUCACUAAUGAGUCUACCUUCAUAAUCCAAUGUAAAAUAAUACCUCCCAACAUUCUAUAUACUAAUCCCACUUGGGUUUUU